AAUAUUAUUGCAUUACGACGUUUUACAAAAUGUUCGCGUAUUUAGUGGUAGCAGUUAUAUUUCUGUGUCUUGCCCACAUUUUGCUCAACUACAAUAGGAAGGCUCGACUGAUCAGAAAAAUACCCGGCCCUAGAGACGACUUUAUUAUUGGCAAUGGAUUCACUGUUAUACGUUCUCCAGUCGAGACCAUGCAAAUGAGAAGACAACUAUGCACAGAAUUUGAUGGAAUCUUUAGAAUAUGGAUUUGUCCAAUGGGAGCGGUUUGCAUAUACAAUCCUGAGGAUAUUGAGAUACUCAUGUCGGGCAUGAAGUAUGGCGAAAAAAGUUUUGUCUACAAUUUCUUGAAGAAUUGGCUACGAGAUGGUUUACUCGUCAGUAACGGUGCAAAAUGGCAGACACGUAGGAAGAUCCUAACUCCAGCUUUCCACUUUAACAUACUGAAGCAGUUCUGUGAGAUCAUAGACGAGAACAGCGAGAGGUUUCUGGAGGUGCUGCACAAGACUGCAGGGAAGCCCAUUGAUGUGGUGCCCGUACUCUCAGAGUUUACCCUCAACUCCAUCUGUGAAACUGCAAUGGGCACUCAAUUAAGCGAUGAUAACAGCGCUGCCAGAUCGUACAAAAAAGCUAUUUAUGACAUCGGAUGUUUAGUUUUUGAUAGAUUCGUUAGAAUAUAUCUGUAUCCAGACUUUAUUUUCAAUUUGACGUCAAUGGGAAGGAAAGAAAGUAAAUAUUUGAAGGUAGUACACAGUUUUACUGAGAAUGUAAUAGAACAAAGGAGAGAAUACAUCGAGAAGAAUGGCAUCAACAUUAAUGAACAAAUUGAAGCUGAUGACGAUGACUCGUAUGUUUACAAGAAAAAGAAGAAAACGGCAAUGUUAGACUUACUUCUGUCCGCUCAGAAAGAAGGACAUAUUGAUAAGAUCGGUGUGCAAGAAGAAGUGGACACAUUUAUGUUUGAGGGUCAUGACACCACUGCCAGCGGUCUGACAUAUUGCUUUAUGUUGCUCGCUAAUCAUAGGAAAAUUCAGGAUAAAAUUAUUCAAGAGCUAGAUGAUAUAUUUGGUGAUGAGGACAGGCCUAUUAAGAUGGAAGAUUUAGCGAAGAUGAAGUAUUUAGAUUGCUGUAUCAAAGAGUCCUUGCGGCUUUACCCACCAGUACAUUUUAUUAGUCGUAAUAUAAACGAGGAGACCGUUCUAAGUAAUUACACGAUACCAGCAGGAACAUUAUGCCACAUCUUGAUCUCGGACUUGCACUUGAGACCAGAUUUGUUUAAGAACCCGACAGUGUUUGACCCUGACAGAUUCCUGCCAGAGAACAGUGUUGGUAGGCAUCCGUACUCGUAUAUUCCUUUCAGCGCUGGACCAAGAAAUUGUAUAGGUCAAAAGUUCGCCAUGAUAGAAAUGAAGAUAGCGAUUGCUAGGGUGCUGAGGAAGUUCCAUCUGUCCCCCGUCACGCGUCCCUGCGACAUCACAUUCACUGCUGACUUGGUACUCAGGAAUAAUGGUCCCGUGCUCGUCAAUUUUAUCAAACGAGAAUCAUGCACUAGGACGUUACUCAAAAUGUUCGUGUAUUUAUUAGGAAUAGUUAUAUUUCUGUGCAUCAUCCACAUUUUGUUCAACUACAAUGAAAAAGCUCGAAUGAUUAGAAAAUUACCCGGGCCUAAAGAUGAUUUCAUCGUUGGUAAUGGAUGGACUGUCAUACGAUCGCCUGUUGAGACAAUGAAAAUUGGACGAGAGCUUACCAGUCAAUUCGAUGGAAUCUUUCGAGUGUGGAUAUAUCCAUUUGGUGCAGUUUUUAUUUAUAAUCCUGAAGACAUUGAGAUAAUUAUGUCUAGUAUGAAGUACGGUGAGAAAAGUUUUGUCUACAAUUUCUUGAAGCCUUGGCUACGAGACGGUUUACUCGUCAGUAACGGAGAAAAAUGGCAGACACGCAGGAAGAUUUUGACUCCAGCUUUCCACUUCAAUAUACUGAAGCAGUUCUGUGAGAUAUUAGAUGAGAACAGCGAGAGGUUCCUAGAAGUGCUGCAACAGAAAUCAGGAAAACCCAUCGAUGUGGUGCCUGUCCUCUCGGAGUUUACCCUUAACUCCAUCUGUGAAACUGCAAUGGGCACUCAAUUAAGGGACGAUAACAGCACUGCCCGAUCGUACAAACAAGCUAUUUACGACAUCGGAUCUGUAUUCUUUGACAGAUUUGUAAGAGUAUAUCUGUAUCCAGAUUUCAUAUUCAACCUGUCGCCUUUGGGAAAAAAGCAAAAUAAAUAUUUGAAAGUUGUGCACAGUUUUACUGAGAAUGUAAUAGAACAAAGGAGAGAAUAUAUCGAGAAGAAUGGCAUCAACAUUAAUGAACAAAUUGAGGCUGAUGACGAUGACUCGUAUGUUUACAAGAAAAAGAAGAAAACUGCAAUGUUAGACUUACUUCUGUCCGCUCAGAAAGAAGGACAUAUUGAUAAGAUCGGUGUGCAAGAAGAAGUGGACACUUUUAUGUUUGAGGGUCACGACACAACUGCUAGCGGCCUGACAUAUUGUUUUAUGUUACUCGCUAAUCAUAAGAAAAUUCAGGAUAAAAUUAUUCAAGAACUAGAUGAGAUAUUCGGUGAUGAGGACAGGCCUAUUAAGAUGGAAGAUUUAGCGAAGAUGAAAUAUUUAGAAUGUUGUAUCAAAGAGUCCUUGCGGCUUUACCCACCAGUGCACUUUAUUAGUCGUAAUUUGAAUGAGGACACAGUAUUAAGUAAUUACACGAUACCAGCAGGAUCAUUUUGUCACAUUCUGAUCUUAGACCUGCAUUAUAGAUCCGACUUAUUCAAGAACCCGAAAGAGUUCGACCCUGACAGGUUCCUUCCGGAGAACAGUGUCGGCAGACAUCCAUACGCAUACAUUCCCUUUAGUGCUGGGCCUAGAAAUUGUAUAGGUCAAAAGUUUGCAAUGAUGGAAAUGAAGAUUGCGGUCGCGAAGGUACUGAGGAAGUUCCACCUGUCCCCCGUCACGCGUCCCUGCGAUAUCACAUUCACUGCUGACUUGGUACUCAGGAACGAUGGUCCAGUGCUCGUAAACUUUAUCAAACGAGAAUGA